AUGUUCUCCACACUCGUUACCGUCGCUCUCUUUGUCGCACCCGCCAUCCAAGGCGCCCUUGCCGACUUUGCCAUCAACACCCCUGCUCUCAAGCAGUGCCAAACCUCCCGGAUCUCCUGGGAACCUACAAAGGGCCCCUACAACCUCAUCGUUGUGAAGGCCUCCGAACCAUGCGGUGACGCCCUCGUCGAAGUUGGUGAUUUCACCAAGACCUUUAUCGACUGGAAGACCACCAUCCCUGCUGGAACUGAGGUCCAGCUCUCUCUCGUUGACGCGGAUGAUGAUGAGGCCUGGAGCGGGAAGAUCACCGUUGGCGCAAGUGACGAUGCUUCCUGCUUGAAGGGCGCUGCCUCCGCUUCUGCCUCUAGCUCGGCCCCCGCCGCUUCCUCAACAACUGGAUCCACCUCCACCUCGACCACUUCGUCCGGAUCUACGUCCGGCUCGACCUCUGACGACGAUUCGUCAAGCGGCGACCUUACCCCUGUAGGAGCUGCCAACGCCGGUACAAACCCCUUCGGCACCAGCGGAGCCAUCACUGCUCGCCAAGCAAGCACCCCUCUCCUCGUCCUCGCUGGACUGGUGGCUGCCUUCGUGUCGCUCUAA